CCGGCUGAAACCUGUUUAGAAAUAAAGAUGAGUGAAGGUCAUGCAAUCAGUCGAAAGUAUUGGUUUUCUUCCCUUAAAACUGGCACGUCCGUUCUUGCAUACUGUGAUAUUAAAACUGAAGGUGAGUUUUAGUUUUUAAAGGUAAGGUAUGGAUGAGCUAUCGGGAAAGAAAGUCGAAAAAGGGAAAACUGAGAAUGUUUUUGAGAUGAAGAGAAUACGUUAGCCUAUAAAAUAAUCUUCAAAAAGAACAAUGCUCUUCUAUCAACGUAUUUUCGAUUUUGCGAUACACUGUUAAAUUUCCUUUGAGGUGAACGGUUAAAUUGUGAACAGAUUUUAGAGUUAUAUUCAUCUGUUGAUGUUAAUGGCGUCGGGAGUAAAUGAGAAUUCGGUGGAAAUAAAUAUUUCUACAGCAAAGAAGUAGUGGCGACUGGGGCUGAAUAAGUUGAAGUGCAAGUCUAAACCGUCGUUCAGUCUUGCAUGCCAAAUGCUUGGACGUAUUUUAAUGUUGCAAGCUGCAUCCGAGUGCGUUCAAGGCAGCCCAUCGUUGAGUCGCUUUCAUAGCGUCCACGCAUGAUAUGACAGAUCUACAAACUUUUUUGAACUGGAAGUAAAUGUUCCUGGAACAAUAGGCAUUCUGCGCGACGGGUUAACGUUUUGGUAUUAUUUUCGGUGCUCUCGGCCAAAACUACCAAAAUAGUACUAAUUGUUUCUGUUUCUGUUGUAUUGGGGGUGGAGAUGAAAUUCUUCUAUCAGUCGCAGAUGCAAGAUCCGCCUUUCAUGAAUACAAUAGAGCACAUUCUAUGCUCAUCCCGUCAAAAGCGUGGUCGUAAGAAAAAGGCCUUCAUGGGGCCGGGCAAGGUCUUUGUUUUGAAUCAAAUUGUUAGAAGUUGUACUGACACGGGUAUACUUCCGUUAACAAUGUGAACGUUCCUUUGCAAACCUGAGUCCCGUGAACUGUAGCUGUCUGUUAACAUUUAAUAGGUAUUAUUAUUUCUUUUGACAUUUAUCGGGAAACGCAUAAAAACAAUUGAAGUAACAAUAAAUGGUAUAUAACUCCAGCCUCCUUCCCAGCUGUCUUCUGCAAUUUCGGAUGUGACGUCACCUGUCAAGCUUGUCAGGAAAAUUCACCGAGGACGUCCUCGCGCUAUCACACUCGGUUCUAAACCUCUUCUGGUUACUCGGAUAGCGCAAACGGGCCUGGGUACGAGGCUAGUGUAAAUCAAGUUUUCUCGCUUACAUCAAGACUAGAAUCCGAGCUUAAUAGUUUGCCAUCUUCUCCAGUUAACAUGCUAACACAUAACCUUCAGCCUAUCAGCAAUGGGAGAACUUGCUCGCAGGGUACUCGACAUCCAACUUUUAAUUUUAUUAUUCAGAUAUCGACGAAUGUACUUCUUCUGUCCCUCUCUGUCACGUCAAUGCAACUUGCACCAACAAUGAUGGGUCUUACAUCUGUACUUGCAAGAAUGGAUUUUCUGGUGACGGGAAAACUUGCAAAGGUAGGAAAAGUUGUUUCUCAAAUCAAUACUUAAUGCAAAUGUGACCAGGAUUUAGAUUCUUUUUCGACACCAAAAGAACAUUCUUCAUCGCCCCAAGUAAGGGAAUCCAGAUUCCGGAAUCCGUGAAUUUUUACUUGUGGAAUCCGGAAUACUGGGCUUUGAAAUCUGGAAUACAGCUCAAGGAAUCCGGAAGCCCACCAAAGAUUGGAAUUCAUAAUCCAGAUUCCACUGACAAAGACUGGAAUCCAGUACCUGGAAUCGGGAAUUUACAGUUUGGAAUCCAGAAUCCAAUUUAUUCUCCAUGUUAAAUCCUUAAUUUCAAUGACACAAUUUGCUUUUGCACGCCUCCAUGAAGACCAAUACAAUGGAAAAAGGUUAAUUUGUUCAGUUCAUCUUAACCCGUGAACGGAAUGAAUCAUGGAAUGAAAAGUAUUAGAUGUGAACUGCGAAAAUAGAAAGUUGUAAUUUGCUUAAAUUGCAAUUACCACUGUGACGAUCGUCGUUGUUAAUUUACAAUUGAUUAAAUUGCAAUUAAUCAUAUCAUUUAAAUUUGUAUUUCCGCAGUUCACGUCAUCUUCAUUCUAAUUAUUAUAUAUAUGUACUGAGAUCUACCAUAACGUAAUAUGACCAAUAAAUAUCAUCUGUUAAAAAUUCAUGCAGUUUGACUGGUGGGACAAUUGUUCUCACUAGUAAGAAUUAUCCUUUACCAAUCACAGGCAGCAGACGAAAAUCUUCACUAGUAAAAACAUCAUAUCGGUUUUCCCGUCUUUCACUGUCCGCUUCCACUACUUUAAGGUUUGCAGAUAAAGUCUCAAUCGAGGAAUUUCCCGAAGGAAAAGAAAACGAAAACGCCAGAAAGAAAACUGAGCAGAAUAUUGCAUGCUCUGCUGAAGGAAAUUUAAGUGCUAGACGGCGAGUCGACAGUUUUAGAAGAAAUUCCUCAGACGAAUUCACCAUACAUCAACGAAUGAGAAGACAACGAAGAUUAUAAGACCAGUUCAUUGUAUGGUGUGAUUUCCAGAUUUGAAAGGUAGUUGAAGAGAAAAAUCACGGCUACAGCAUUAUGAAAGACGUCGAGUUUGAAAAAUCACGAAUAACCUUUUAGUCCAAACGAAACGGACAUGAAAAAGCUAGGCAAAGUCAAAAACCGAUGUCAAUUUUCUCGGGCGCUGUAAUUCAAGGAGGCCAAUCAGCAGCUUGAAUCAAUCGUUAAGUGUCCAAGAAUCUUCUCCAAAGAGGUACAAACCAUUUAAAGUAUUAGAUUCUGACUCUGAUUAGUUGAAUUACAUUUCCAUAAACAUACGGCUUAAGCUCUUUUCUUGAAACUUUGUACAUGUUUGUACCUGGUACGUUUUUACGGUUUUGAACGUACUAGUUCUUUCCUCACUUGUCCCUAGCGUACUCUAUACUCCACACCCUUGCAAUCAAGGCUUGUGCAGUAUUCAAUAGCUCAUUGUUUAGCUCAAAGUACUUUUACUUUUACAAUGUUAAAGUGGUUGCCAAAGCUUCCAGUAAUUUUCCACAAUAUCACAUGAUUUGCACCUGUCUCGCCUUAUGUAAACCCCUAUUACCAUUAGUCCGCCACAUUUCAGCUUUGUUCUUCAAGCAAGUGCCUACUCGCACUCUUUAAGAUUGUAUUUUUCCCACCCUCCCACCCGCUUCGUCUUCUCUAAUCGUUAUGGCAGCUGUGCUUCGUCCUGCAAAUGUUUACGUUAUACUAUUUCAUUGUAUUCUAUUUUAUUUUGGUUAUUUUAUCUCAUAGUUUGUUACAUUAUACUACUCAUUACGUUGCCACUGUUUAUAAUUUAUUUAUUAAUGCUCUCAAUGAAGUACUCCAAAUAUGGACAGCAGGUCACUUUUCUCUACAUAUUGGUGUAACAGUCCGAAAACUACAAGGGGAGAGGUGAUAAUCCUCUCUAGGGAGUGAUACUCCCCCAGGAUAGUGAGAGGUGAUAAUCCUCUCUUGGGGGUGAUAAUCCCCCAGGAUAGUGAGAAGCUAGGUGAUAAUCCUCUCUAGGGGUUGAUAAUCCCCCAAGGUUGUGAGUGGAGGUGAUAAUCCCCUUGGGUACUGGAGAGGUGGAAAGACCUCUCUAGAUGUCUAAUUCCCCGGUUUAAGUAGUAACAAGAGUCUAUGGGGCAAAGUGUAACCUGCAUGGGAGCACUUCAUCCCGAACCCAUGUUUAUUAAUUGCCAACGACUCUCAAUACAGAUAUCAUCACUAAUUUAAGCUAGGAUUGCGUGCCUGCUGCCCGUCAGGAAAAACCCUGAAUUAUUUUUUAGGGAAACCUGAACCCUCCCGAAAGCAGGGCCAGACACUUAACAUGAACCUCGAGGGAGAAAGGUUAAACGAAAAUAUAUUAAUAUAAGUUGUAAGUAAAUUACAAUUAAACUUUUAUCAACUUAAUAAUCAAAAUAAGGCCCAAAGUAGCUAAGUGCACAAGCAUGUUAGGAUGCCGGGUACGAUGAUUCCCCUCAGUAGAAACCCCACCUCUUUUCUGCCAAUUCUUCUUGACAAUUGCCAAUUGAUUUGAACUGUAAACAACAAAGAUCAGUAGUUCGUAUGACUGCAAAAAGUAUAAGCAGCUUCUUAAAUUUUUCAACAAGAGAAAAGACCUCAUAUAUAAAACCUUAAGAAAACCAGCAGAGAGAAUCAAGCAGUAAUAAGGGAGGGUGGGAUGGGAUUUUGUUCCACGAAGAGAAGAAUAUGAAGUGCUAUUUUGCUGAGCUAGGCGCGAAAAUAUAGGCAUCGACUGUACAUGAGAUAGCUGGCAUCUAAUUGGCUGAGCGAAACAAUUAGUGUGACAGGGGUCGCAUGCAGGAAGUGACCCCUGAAAGGAAGUGAGCUGAUUCCACUACUGGUAAGGGCGGGUUUAUGGUUAUCACAUUAACUCCAAUUUAUCCUGUUGUAUAAAUUAGCUUAUAAAAAAUAGCUCGAUAUCAAAAACUACAUCCUAGGUGUUUCUACAUUUUACAUUUCUUACUUACUUAUUGGUGACAGGGAGGUGCACCCUGGGCUGCACUUUACCCCACAGAAUGUGGGAUAGCCCUCCUUGUCAAUAGGUCCGGAUUGCUUACUCCAAGAUGGCACAACUCACCAUCUGACCUAUUCUCCUUCAAGAAGGGCACCCCUCUUCUGGUCCACCCUAUGUUACACUCUAAUGUAGGGUUGCCUCUAGAGACACCGCUACUCUAGGGGGUCCUCCUAGGGACACCGCUACCCUAGGGAGCAUAGGCUCUGCCUUCCCUGCCACCCAAAUUGUGCCAAAUUAUAGUGAUUAAUACAAUAUAAUUAAAUAACAAAAUAAAUACUAGAUAAAUGGAGAAUCUGUGUUCUUCCUUCUUUAGCUUCACAAGCCUUGCAGGGGUGGGGGAAGGAGUAAUCAUGGUUACCCUCAGUUGUCCUUGCCCCUCUCCUCGGCAUACGAAUAUUUCCUGCGGCUCUCCCCUUUUUGUGUCACCGACCCUUAGGGACUCAUUAAUACUGGGUUAAAGAUCUUAAUGUCGAUUGAUUGUUUUCUUCUAUUUUAACAUUGAAAUCUAUUAUUUAGAGAGCUAUGCAAAGAACUCAUUUACUGUUGGAAUAUGUAAAAAGAAGUUCAAAAGCCUUCAUAUACUGUGUCGUCUUUUCAAACAUGCUCAAAGUUUAUCUGCUUUUUAACCCACUAUCCGCCACCUGUUUAUAUGUUGCAUCAAUCGCUAGACUGAGUUUCCAAUAAGCAUCUAAUAGUGUGGGUUUGUUUUCUACUAUAAAAUGCUCUUAAAAAGAGGCACAAUGCAUCUAAAUAGUAAAAUCAACUGUUACAUGAAGCCUUGAAAAAGUAAAAAAAAAAAAUGUUUGAUACAUCAGCGCCCUGAAUCUCCAUUCGCAGAUGUUGAUGAAUGCACCAGCGGUUUACACAGCUGUCACAAGUUCGCUUCAUGUACGAACACCAUUGGGUCCUACAGCUGUGCAUGUCGACAGUAUUUCAAUGGAGACGGUAAAAACUGCCAGCACCCUGUGAGUGGUGAGUAUAGUUUUCAUUAGUUUGGAUUAGUUUUAAAAAAAGUUAAAAGAAAUUCAGUGGAAGGGGAGCCGACUUGAAUUUUUUUUUGAAAUUAGGUCACAUGACCAACAAGCCAAAAAUUGUUCCUAGCAGACUCCAUUAAAAACAAGGAUAUUGGGUGUGGUCAUAGGGCGCAAAUUAACCCUUCAGUGGGAGCGGGGGAGAGGGCAAGUAGCACAUAGCAGCUAUUCUAGACAUCAAAUUCCCUCGGACACCCUUAAUUGUCUAUUUUCCAGCAACAUUCCUUUCAAAAAUAUACAUUUUUUUUUCCAAAUCUCCCAGCCAGCAGUUGGCCUGAAGAACAAAUAUUUUGAGGAACAGGUUCAUUGGGUGCCCCUGAUCAUGUAAAUCUCUCUGGGAUGGGGCAAAGUUAAUACGAUUCGCAGAGUCUGCAUCGUCCAAUAUCGUAUUGUAUUUUCGAUUCCUUUGGCUAAACGAAUCAAUCGCCCUGAUCCGGGCUGAGACAGAAAGGUACGAUAUUGUCCACUUUUCGGGAACAGGCUUUUAGGAGUCAAAUUAACUGGGCGAGAGCAAAAUUCCAGGUGAACUUUGACCCGCGCCAAGACUUCGUUUAUUUCUGGUGUGAAAACAGGGUCUAUUCUGGUCUGCCGACCUUGUGACUGUACAUCCGGGAACUUGAAUAAGACGAGUGUAAGAGAGAAGUCCAGAGAUGUUUAUCUGCCAAUAAGCUGAGUUUUUUUGCGAUUUAUUUGAUGAUAUUUUGCUCAUUGUGUUGAACGUGAGAAGAUUAUGCGUGGUUGUGGGUAGUCUUAUCAGAGCGUGCUAAUAGGGGUACCCAAUUCUCAGUUAACUACUAACUUUUCAGCCAAAUAUCAGUUAAAUACUAUUUUUUGGACAAUAAUAUUCUCAGUUAACUACUAAUUUCGGUUAGCUAUUAACUUUCACUUUCCUACAGCGAAUAUUAUUCCGUCAUAGCCCGAAUUUUCUAAAAUCAAGGUAUAAAUUUACAUGAAUUUACAUAAACUCUGCCACUAGUUCAGUUAUAAGUAACUGAAAAUACAGAAAAGAACAUAUAGUUAUCAAACCGAAGUAGUAAAAAUGGUAAGCAAUAGCUAUUAAGACCCCCAUUAACUGAUCUUUAGAUUAAGUCGUAUGGCCAUUAAUAUGACACCAGCCUCAUAGAUCCAGACGCACCUGUCAUGAUCUCAGACCGAUCUUCCCGACCUGGUCAUGCAUGUCCUCCCAUAAACUACGACAAAGUUAUCUUCUUUGUCACUUUCAUUAUCUGAAACAGUCUCGUGUACUUAUCCGGUUGCUGUAUGUCCUGUAUCUUGUUGUUGGCCUAUUAAGUUUCAAUCCAUUUUCAAUCCUUCAAUCCAUUCACGGUGGUCGGUUGCUAGGGCUUUUCCUCCCAAAUGCGUCUCAAAACUGAGAGUUUUAGGCCAUAGACGGAAGUAGAAUGCAUAAGGUCAUGUGGUAUUGUUAGUUUGUUUAGGAUUUUUAGUUACUUUAAGGUCUAUAAACGUCUUCGUUUUCGAUUGGUUAGUUAGAAAAUAAGAAACGUUUUUAUUGGUUAAUUCAUACUGUCUGAGGAGUAAAGUCUGAGGGUACAGGAGGGGUACAGGAGGGGUACAGUAGGGGUACAGGAAGGGUACAGGAGGGAUACAGGAGGGGUACAGAAGGGGUACAGGAGGGGUACAGUAGGGAUACAGGAAGGGUACAGGAGGGGUAAAGUAGGAGUACAGGAGGAGGAGGAGGAGGAGGGAAAACAAUAGAAAUGUGGUGGUGGUGGUGGUGGUGGUGGAGGGAAAACAAUAGAGAUGUGGUGGCGGUGGCGGUGGUGGUGGUGGAGGGAAAACAAUAGAAAUGUGUUGGCGGUGGUGGUGGUGGUGGUGGUGGUGGAGGGAAAACAAUAGAAAUGUGGUGAUGGUGGUGGUGGUGGUGGAGGGAAAUAAAAAAUAAAAAGGAGAGGGGUAAGUAAAGUAUUGCUUGCAGUGCAAAAAAGAGCUAGUUUGCCUUUGCCCUCUUUAAUAUACACGAUUUUCCCGCCAAAAGUCUCUAAAAACGUUUCUUAUUUUCUAACUAACCAAUCGAAAACGAAGACGUUUAUCGACCUUAAAGUAACUAAAAAUCCUAAACCAACUAAAAAUACCACAUGACCUUAUCUUUAUGAGAUACCACAGCAUUUUAUUCAUGAGAUCAAGACAAUAGCCUAUGACGUCAUUGGCGUUAAUUUAUUCUACCGCAAAUUGAUGAGAAUCCACCGCAUUUUAUUCAUGAGAUCAAUACAAUAACCUAUGACGUCAGCGACGUUAGUUUAUUCUACCGCAGAUUAAUGAGAAUCCACCGCAUUUUAUUCAUGAGAUGAGGACAAUAGCCUAUGACGUCAUCGGCGUUAAUGUAUUCCUGCUCACGCUAAUGAGAUUCCUGCUCAAAAAAGAGGCCUAACCGGUGCGCCCUAUACUACGCGCAGCGGUUACUCCUCUUUUUUGCGGAGGAUUCUCAUUAGAGUGCGGAGGAAUACAUUAACGCCAAUGACGUCAUAACCUUUUGUCUUGAUCUCAUGAAUAAAAUGCGCAGGAAUCUCAUUAACUUGCGGUGGAAUCUCAUUAAGUAUAUCCAGUUUGACGGGUUUAUCAAUGAUGUCAUGUUCUAUUUUUAUCUUGUGGCGGUCAUGGUUGGUAUGACCGGUUUGACAGGUUUUAGUUAUUUUCAGAAGAUGAUGUCAUAUGUAUUCCGGGGUACUAUGAUGUCAUAGUUGUUUUGAUUGGUUGACCGGAAUUUGAAACACGCUCAUUGGCUGUCUCGUUUGACGAAGCAUUCUAAACUUGUCUGUGACUUAAAAUCACGGAGGCGUAAUGUAAUUAUGCAAGUCCUAUUUCCUGCUGCUGUGAUUGUCCUAGUUCCGGUUCACUGACUUUGGCGGGCAAAUCGUACAUAGUAAUGAGGGCAAAAGACAAACUAGCUCUUGUCCUAUUUCCUGCUGCUGUGAUUGUCCUUGUUCCGGUUCACUGACUUUUGGCGGGCAAAUCGUGUAUAUUAAAGAGGGCAGGGGCAAACUAGCUCUUUUUUGCACUGCAAGCAAUGCUUUACUUACCCCUCUCCUUUUUAUUUCCCUCCACCACCACCACCACCAUCACCACCACCGCCACCAAAUUUCUAUUGUUUUCCCUCCACCACCACCACCACCACCACAUUUCUAUUGUUUUCCCUCCACAACCACCACCACCACCACCACCACCACAUUUCCAUUGUUUUCCCUCCACCACCACCACCACCGCCACCACAUUUCAAUUGUUUUCCUAUACUAGUUGACCCGCUUAGGUAGGGUAACCCGGCUGUCCAUACAAUCUCUCAUAUGGUUACCCCCACCUAACAUGUAAACUUGAUCAAAUUAAAAUUAGAGAUUAUAUGGACAGGGGGGUUACGUUACCAACUACACGAGAACAGGUCUCUAAACUGUGUACUUGAGGUUGUACAAUUGAUGUAUUUGCAUAAUCAUAUCUGACCAGCCUUUGUUAUUUUGGCUACUUUUGUGUUCCCAUUUUUUUUUCAGUUAAAAAGAAAAAAACAUUAUUUAGCAAUCCUAUUGAAAUGAAAUAUUUAGCGUGAAUAGUAACAGUUUAUUAGCCUACCCAAUAAAAUGGCUUUUCAGCCAACUUUACAAUUGCAAUUUGAUAAUUAAAAGUAUAAUUAUCUACUUUACAAUAUGUGAAAUUUAUUGGGAAAAAAAUGUAAUAAAUAAGGGAAUGACGCUUCUUCACUUCAGCCUUAAGCUGCUCGAGAUUCUUCUAUGUUACCUGAAGUUUUUGCAAAGUCAUUCCAGAGGCGGACUGCUCAUGGCCGCUGACCGGCAGUGAAACUAAAGGGAGGCAUGUCUAACUUGUUUCUGUUUCCGAUAUUACGAGAGUGCGCAUCGACCAUUUUCUUAAACCUGUUACAUAUAAAGGGCUGGGAAAGUCCCUUAACAUGUGUUAAAUAAACUCGCUUUUUUUUUAAGGCUUGUCAAAGAAAGCAAGGCACGAGUUUUAUCACUAGUUAAGAAAUCUUGCGCUUAUUACGCUCGAAUGUUAAAGCAGAGAUAAAACACUACUGUUCUUGUUUUAAACAUUUCUAAACACGGAACGCUUUCAGACUAGAAAACGAUUGUUUUUUCUUUUUCCUACAUUGAGAGUUACCUUAGAAUCAAACACCAAAAACCAUUCAUCAACAUUUGACAAUCAACUUGAACGAAAUGGAAUAAGAGUGAUAAAAAUUAAUUUGAAACAGCGUGAAUACACUUUUUUUUGUGGCGUUUUCGCUCCAUGCCGUCGCAGUCGUGGUUGCUUCAUAUGCUCCUUAUAUGGAAAGAGACUGUGACUGACAGGGAGAUCGGGUAUGCCAAAUAUGGAGAAUAUGGACUCUACGCCUGCGACUGAGUUGAAUAAACUCUGGAGGGGCUAAACUGUAACGUCACUGAAAUUCGCAGUAGACUGCGAGAUUAAAACCGCACCAUUUGAAGAGAGAGCAUCAUGCGGCUAGUACGCAAGCUCAUAAAGAAAAAACUUUAUAGGCGUUUGUUAUUUUCCGCUUUUCAGCCUGAUCAUUAUGAUAACAAGCUUCAAGCGUAUGUGACCCUUGUGAGAGCUUGUUUUUAUAAAGGGUAGAUCUCCAGGAAGUCUAGUUCGCUGCUUUCCGUUAUUUGCUCUAUGAGAUCCCUUUACGCACACAGCUGCACACGGAUCCGUGCAGAAGAAGAAAAUCAAAUUGUUUGAAAUUGCAGGCAAUGAAAAAAUCAAACAGGAAUAAUUCAUACUUCCUUUUGAGUUCGUAGCCAUCCUCUGACUCAAGAGAUUUUGAAACUCGACCUUGCUGCCAAUGUUGCAAGGCAACGUUAUAGCACAAGAUCACUCAGUAAGAAUUUUUUUGUUUUGUUUUACAGUUACAAAGGCAAAAAGUAAAGUAUUUUAUUACCGACACCACGACGCGCGGGACUGUGAGUUUUCUUAGAUAGCCACAUUUUCAUAAACUAACUGAGUUAUUCCUCGCGCGUUGAUUGGAUAAUUUCUAUCAAUACGAAGAGGACAGACAUAAAAUUUUUUAAAAUUUUAUGUCUAAAAAUUUCUACAGGACGGAGCACCGGCUUAAUACGGACACCUGUAUGUAAAGGACAGUUUCUAUAAUUUACCCUUUAAUACGGACACAAUGGACACUUUUCUGUGUCCUGUGGCACAAACUCUGUCAACCCUGCUUUUACGGGCACUGGCUAUCUGCGUACCGUCUAUUUUCCUUGUCACAAUCACGUGCUAGUUGUAGAUAUUUUACACUGUCCAAACAAUUACAAAUUUCUGGGUUUAAGUAGCAGAAUAGCUUGAUAUGUUUGAUUUUAUGUCAGUCUUUCUUUCCGUGUACUAUAUAGCCAUUUAAAAAUUACUUCUCAAGUUUCACUUCCUUGGCUUUUCGGCGCAGUCAUUGUUCCAACCCUUCUUCCUCUUUGUCUGCCAUAGUCUUUAUAUCAAUACAAGAUGUUUCCGGGACGUUUUUACGGACAGCCCACUUAAUACGGCCAUCCGCAUGAUACAGACACCAUGGCAUGUCCCCUAAUGUGUCCGUAUUAACCGGGUUCUACUGUUAGUAGUUUCUUUUUGAAAGACAAAAUGUCUUUUACUGAUCUUUUUCCAAACUUUUGUUAAAGUAAAAAGCAAAUUGACGCCAGGUCCGGAGCAACAUUGUCAAAUUUUCUAGUAGAUUCACUCGCCCGGGGCUCGUGCUCGUGGAUCCACAACACUUUGACAAUGUCAUGAUGCGAUGUUAUGAUCAAUAAGAGGACAGACGAUAAAGAAACCAGCGUCAAUGUGAUGAAAUGAACCAAUUUUAGUGCAUAAAACUAGAAAUACGUUUUCGAAAAAAUCUCGCGAAGCUAACGGGGUCAGCAGUGGGAAUAAACAGUAAAAAGCCAAAGGGUAAAAAAAACGAUGAAAGAAAAAAAGAAUGGAAGUAGACACCCCGGGGUUGGAACCCAGUUGCACCCCAACUUCCUCCAGCGAAAAAGUGCGUCCUCUGACCACUGGGCCAUGCGACUAUAACUCAUCAAAAUUAAUAGCGUUGAAGUAUUUUCCUCUGCCAUUCACAGUGUUUGAACCUUAUGGAGCUGUAUUUAUCAUGAAUUCAAAGAUACAUUUGAGGAAAAAUAGCUCAAACGAGUAUUUCAAAACCAUUUCGCAUUAUUUCCGUGUUUAUUCACUCUCGGGCUUUAAAUAGGCCGCUCGAUUAACGGCGUGGUCUUUUUCUUCGCUGCUUUCGCUGAAGUUCAGGUCACCGUUCUUUCGGUGUUAAACCUUCUACGGCAAGGACUUCCACUUGUCCAAUUUGGCACUGUUGUGUUUCCAGUCCGCUGUUAUUUGCCUCAUAAAUACUUUGCGAUUCGCCAGCGUACAAUAAACAGAGGAUGAAUAAAAAGUCGCUGGCCGUGUUGCCUGGAAACCCAAAAUGCACGAUGACGUGCAUUUGGCGUCUUUAUUAUUUGUUUAUGGCUUGUUGCUAGGGAACUGCGGAUACCAAACCGACAGAAAGAUUUAUGACCAAAGCGAAAUCGCAGCUCGCUUGCGAUCCUCGCGUAAUCCGCGCGCUGCGCACGCGACAAAAUUAUACACUCGCUCUCCGAGAAUUAAUAUUUACCCUACUAUUUCCCUACUUCAUCGUAUCUAGCAGGGAUCACUCAUGCAUUUGCAAUGGCAGAUCGAGGCAGCUAAAGAAUGCCUACAGAUAUAUUUGUCGCCCUUUCCCAUGUUAUUGCUUAACCUCGGUCUGUAUAUCUACCAGUGUGUGAAAGCCAGUAACCAAUCCUCAAUUACUCGUAUGUAGACAAUUACCGCCACAGUGGGCCGGGGCAGGUGUUGGGGAUCUUACAGGACGUGAAAAUUACCCACUUUGAGGCUGUUUAAGUACAGUAGAUAAAACUUUUGGAAACAAUAAAUUACAAAAAAUAUCAAAAUAUUCAAUGAUUUUCUAACCUUUUAAAAGUUAAAUCAUUAUUUUUUUAUAUAUUAGAAUGUCAGAAUUACGGAAGCCUUAACAGUUAUACCAGAAAGAUUACGUACUCCAGUGGGGGUCAUUGUGACAAUGGAAUCGGACCUGGCUGGUUUCGUUUUGAGGGGUCAGCCGGCACAAGAAUGCCAACUUCAUGUCCACCAUAUUACAGAUGCGGCACUCAUGCAACCGGCUGGUUGAAUGGUGGACACCCCACAGUAGCAGACGGUCAGGUCAGCAGGACGGUGUGUUUCCACUGGACAUCAAGCUGCUGUGAAUGGUCAACAAACAUCAAAGUGAGGAAUUGUGGUUCAUAUUAUGUUUACUAUCUUAGUGGUACACCUACUUGUUCUCUCCGUUAUUGUGGCACUAACUAAAAACAAGGUGCAAGUAAAGUAAUACAUGUUCUAUCAUUUCUUUUAAGCAGGCUUCAUUGUAUUAAAGAAACAAAAAAAAAAUUGCCCUUAACUUCAUUUUGUGAAUUUGCAUAACUUAAGCAAUGAGGAUAAGUAUUCUUUUAAGCCGUUUGGAGGAUCAAGUAAGAAAUAAAUAAUGGUAAUCGAACUUACCGGAAAGUCAAACUAGGUAAAAUAAUACAUUAAAUCAACAAUGCAUUUUUUGUGUCACUUGUCACGAUGAUCAGAAAUAUACACUGAGUCCAAGAAAGCCAUGCAGUUGUUAAACUACGAUGGACAGAUGUUUUAACUUAGAAGAUGUACCGGGAAAGGCGGGUUAUGAAUCUACUCACUUUUUUUAAUAUUUUAAAAUCGGUAUAGGGAUGCACUCUGUAAAAUGGGAAACGAAAUACAUAAUGACUAUAGGUACAGUCAACUCACGCACUAUGUUAAAGAAAUUUUUGGAGUAGGAUUGGAGUCUCUUUGAGAAAUAAACGUACAGUUUAGUGAAACACUUGUCACAUGCAUGUGUUUUUAUUGAGUAUGACAAUAGGCUCUUUGCACGUUGGCGUCAUUUUACCCACUAACAGAAUCUUCUAAACCCCAGAUUAAAUAAAGCGUUCUUAUACCGAUUGAGCUAAAUCCAGGCCAGACGGUGGAGUUUUACCGUGGGAAUCAAGUGUGCAAGUCGCGUAGCGCCCGUGCGAAGGAAAUGAAGCGUCAAUCGGAUAUGUGCGGCCGUGCUGAAAGUAAGAAAUGAAACGAAUCGAAUCUAGAAAGAAAAUUGAGAUUUUAAUCUCAAACAGUUAAUAAUGAAUCAAAGAAAAAUGUUUUGCCCCCGGCGAGAUUUAAACAGGGUGUCAAACUCGAAGAAUGACGGCCUGCUCUCUCCGGGUGUCCAUUAAAGAUCUCCCAUCGUUAGCCGUUUUGGGAACUUCAUCUUAACGAACCGCAGACGUGUUUUCGGUCGUCGCUUCUCUCCCGUCGAAAAAUAACGUCAGCGAAUCCGAGCGGCAAAACAGUUUCCGUGACGUAGAACCUUUUUAGCCAAUCACAGUUUAGCUCUGAAAAUCAAGGAACUAACUCGCCAGACUCCUUGCAAGAUCGUACGCGGUGGAUGUGUAUACAAGUCGAAAUUGAAAGGACGACGUAGCCUGUGUACAGCCGCCGCGUUUACGAAAGUUAAUUUGCCCGGAUUGUGGGACUGAUUGAUGAAAUAAGUCCCAAGAGGAUUCAUAUCGAAGAAAAGAUUAGAGGAAUUUUUUUAUCUAUUUGCCUACGGGGUCAAGGAUUUAUCACACCUUGUUCUUUUGAUCAUGUUCAAAAUAGACUCCAGUCUCUAUUUUUCUUUAGAUUUAGUGAGGAUAGUGUAAUCGCGCGCGAGCGUCGAGCAGCGAAGCCGCGAAAGACAAGAAACGAGGGCGGCAGCCUCUUCCGUCUCUCGCCUUCAGUCAUGCUCACAGUAAUUUUCAAGGAGUUAAAAUAACUCCUCUAGUGGGGUUAAUUUAACUCCUUACAGUGGAGUUAUUUUUGGGGGGAGUAAGAGAGAAUUCUUGGGGGGAGUUAUUUUAAGAGGAGUUUAAAGAACUCUUUUUCAGGAGUAAAAAUCAGCCCAGAUAUCGAGGAGUUAAAAUAACCCCCAAAAAGGAGUUGAUCAUGUACCUUAAUGUUUUAUACCAUAAAAGGGACUAUCCGGUUCCCAAAAUUUUUACUCCAUUUUUAGAGUUAUAAUAACUCCCUAAAAGUUACUGUGCACGUUGGUCAUGUCAUUUGCGUGUCUCGCGCGUUUUGCUCGGCGGACCAAGAAAAAAGGGAGACUGCUCGUAGAUGGUCACCUCUAUUAAGCGUACGCGGUCACCCUUUCUAAGGUCUCAAAGUCCUGAUUUUAUUGUUUUCACCUGUAUUAAAACACUAAAUGACCGGCAGUUCUAUAUUCUCAGUAAAUUUCACAAAAUCGAAAAAUUCCAGCUAAUCUAAAUUAUCAUCAUCGGUCAUUUAGUGUUUUCAACACCUUAACCGGUUACCAUGGUUACCGGCCAUAUAGCCACAGCGUUAUUUUUAACCGUGGUGUCAACAUUGAAGAUCAAAUUGAUUCGUUAACUAGUUUCUCUUUUAACCAAUUGCACGAACAAUUGUCCCCUUCAAAAUGAUUAUGUUCACAAGGCACUUCUAAACCAUAACCAGCUCCUCUGUUUGCGUUUUUAAUUUAAAAAUACAAAAGAAAAUCAAGUAUCAAAUGCCAUUCUCACUUGCCCUAAUGUUGAAUUUUACGAUACCUGUAUUAAGCGGCACUUAGCUAUUCCCCGUGGGUGAUCGCUUAACUAUACAGGUUUGACUGUAGCUUGUCGUGUGCCGCUUUAGAUAUGUUUUAGAAUCCUUUAUCUUUGAAAGCUAGGACAUGUGGUAAUUAGUUUCCAAUACGUGGUUGCUUCUUGGUUCAGACAGAACUUGGUCAGAUCGAAAGCAUUUUAUAUUUGUUCGUGAUGUUCUUUUCAGGGUUUUAACUUCCACAGUUUUUUAUUAGAUGAGUCUUCUGCUGUAAAUAUUUAUUUCACGCUGGGUCCGGCCCAGAUUUAUAAUAUCUCAAAUCAUUGUUUUGUGGCGAUACUCGUAGGAUCAAUAUUCUUUUAAGCCGUUUUAAAGAUCAAGUAAGAAAUAAAUAGUGGUAAUAGAACUCACCAGGAAGUCAAACUAGGUAAAAUAAUACCUUAUAAAAUUAGCAAUGCAGUUUUUUGUGUCGCUUGUCACGAUAAAUAUACACUGAGUACAAGAACGCGCAUGCAGUUGUUAAAUAAACUACGAUGGACAGAAAUUCCUCCUUCUACGCAGGCUACCCAAGCUGUCCCUUCUCAUCUUCAAUAAAGUACGACUUUUACCCUCACAUUUAUGAUAGUUAUGAAUCUUCAGGUUAGAACAGCAGCAACUAUUUUUUCUUGUGGCCACUAAAGCAUCAAUGAUGUUCAGAUAUUCAUUAAAAGUGGACAUUUCUGACUUAGCCAAGGAGAGAUGAUGACUGAAAAAAGUAAAUUAAUUUAAAAAGCCCGGCCUUUCUCCCGCGAGUCUGAAGAGUUUUUUUAAUGUACUUUAUGCCCCAUGCUCGUUCUCCCAAACCUUAAAUAAUAGUUAGGUCAACGGUACAUUGCUGUGAUGAGCUCUGUUUGCUGUAAUGAGACUGAUGCACUACAUAGCACCAUGAAACGCCAUAGUUUGGCCACUUGAGUGGCCGUUUAUUCUUUAAUUAUUCAAAAUCGAGGUGUUAUGGUAACACCAAAAAAGUGUAAAUUUUUGCAGCUGUGUGAACACCAAAUAGGUGUUCAGUUAACACUACUGUCGUGUAUAUUUACACCAAAAUGGUGUAAAUAUGACCUACAUACGAUCCUGAAUGCGUUCAAAAACACCUUAGCAGUGUUAAAGCAACACUGACCUGGUGUAAAUUUUCUCUAUAUUGGUGUUUAGUAACACCAAAAUUGGGUUAACGUAAACCAAUUUUGGUGUUAAAAUACACCAAAAAUAUGUCUCCUUUACACUGUUCUAGUGUUUUUGUUACACUAAAAAAGGGUAAUGAUGACACUGAAUAUGUGUAAAACCCAUUGCAGCUGUGUGCGCACCAAAGUCAGGUAAAUUUACUCUACUGGGAAUUUUACACUGUAUUAGUGUAGAUCAACACUUCCAAUUGUGUUAUAACACACCGUUUGAGUCCUGAGCCAACACUAUUUGUAACUCAUGAAGAAGUCUGAAAAGCAGACAAAGUAACAGCUACGACAACAACCUGUAAAUUUACUCCCAUUUAAUUGCUUUACCCUGAUAGUAACAAAAACUUUGUUCUCUUCAGAAUUCAGUAAAACAGCAUGAAUUAAAACAAGUGUUAAAAACUAAGAGGACUGUACACCGUAGGUCUUUCUUUUCUAAGACUUUUUAGGGAGGUUAAUACGACAAUGACGGCGACGAAAAUGUUACGAAAAAAGCAAUAGAUUUAUAUAAGCAAAACAACAUCUUUGCACGUGCAUCACACAUUUUUGCUUAUUUUCUUGCCGUUGUUGCACGACUACGACAUUUAACUAUACCUAAUUUCACCAGUUUUGCGGAGGAUGAGAGCACACUGCAUGAGAGAACGAUUUUCUCAUGCAACCGUUUUUUAAAAAUUCAAAUAUUAAUAUAGUCCUUUACAGAACUACAGAAGCCGGAGAGAUGAAAUUUGAAACAACGUGGAUCUACUUUUUAAGAGACGUUUUUGCCACCGUCGUUGUCGUCGUUCGGCUUAGCUAUUGAUGUGAAAGGCAGAUUACACAACAAGUCGUGCAGAUUUAAUUUUAGUUUGCUUUAAUUACGAGCUCAGAACUGAUUCAGUUCAUUCAUGAGCUGUAAUACCUUAGUCGGUAUAGUUUAACAUUGUCCAUUCAAAACUUCUCUCUGGGACAAAUGAAUAUGAGUGUCUGCAUUCUUCCGGGUAUUCUGUAUUACACACAACAUAUAUUAGAGUGAGCAAGGCGCUGGUAUGUCCUCCAUUAACCUUUAGAGGGAGAUUCCUUCCCCACUCAGGUAUAUAUUAUCUGGGGCUUGCAGUUGCCCCUCAAAGAUGAUGAAGGACGUCAUUCCCUCCUUGCUGUUCUCGGCAACUUUCUUUGCAUCAACACCAUUCUAUAAAGAGGAAAAAAGAGGCAAAAGAACACUUUCAAUAAAUGUGUUUUCUCAACUGCAGCAUAAUAAAAGUCAAUAAAUAUUGAAAUGGAAAGUUUUGUAUGUUCAUUCAAUUCUUCAGAUGGCCCGAACCUAUUUAUAUGCACGUUGGGUAUGUUUUUGAAUCACGCUUUUCAUUUUUGGCAUCCUUAAUAAAGAAUAGUGCAAAUUUAAGAAAAUGUUGUUUAUUUUUGUGUAGGUUUAACACUGUUUGAGAUAUCAGCUUAUGUUUAAAACCGAAUUUUUACAAAACUGUCAAAAACAUCAUAGAAAUCGGUUGAAUGGUUCCUGCCGAAAAACGAAUUAGGACUGUAGUACAAGCAUGAAAGGUUUAGCCUGAUUAAAUGAGGAAAUAAUGUUUGCGUCAUGCUCAACUUCUGUUUGCGAGACUCCUUUACUGAAUUGUUUCACUGCAACAGGCAUUUCUCGAUAAAAGGCAAGUCCAGUGUAACUUUUCCAAUCUUUCCUUCCCAAAGGGUUAUUAAGUUUUUGGAAUCACUGUCCAUAUUCACAUGCACUUUCUGUUCCCGUGGAAUCUCUAGGAAUGAGUUUGUUACUGCCACAGCACUAUCUGAAGAAUUGAUUGACUUAUAUGUUUUAUUUUUCAUCUGCAAAUGAAGCAAUCUUUCUUUUUCACGUUCUGUUUGACGCCACAGUUGGUGAAACUUCUCUUGAUUUUUUUUUGACAGAAGACAGUUUUUCUUCGGUUGUCUGUCUUUUCUUUUUUUCUUGAACUAGCUCUUCAUGAGCGUUUUUCUUUAUUUGUUUUAUUUCUUCGUUUAUUUCGAGCUCGUCUCUGACGCCUUUUUGCCACAACAGAUCUUUUCCAACUAAACAAAAAUGCCGCAAAUAAUAAAAAUUUGUUCAAAGGGGGUGGAAGCAUUACUGUGAGUGUAUUUCCUUUUUCUUAGUCUUUCUUCCGUUCUUUCUUUCUUUUUUGUUUUUCUAUCCUUCUUAAGUUUUUCUGAUAAUUUUAGAUAACUAUAAUUAUUACCAGCUAUCAAUUCAUCAUGUUCCAAGUAAUGAGCGGGCUGGCCUCUCAACUUUGGAGCUAGUUAAAAGCGGAAAAUCCAACUUUACAUAGCUAUGGAAACCCACAACAUGAUGAAUUGAAAGAUAAAGGUAAGUUGUUUGGGAAUAUAUAUAAUUGAGAACCUUACAGACAUAUUUUAAUAAUACUUUUUGCAACCUCGAUUAUUGUAUCACUGAACAGAGCUUUACAAUUUUGGGUCUCAGGCACUUUUAUCGAAAAAGACAGUAUUGAAGUAUCAUUGGUAAAAUGAAUAGGACGGCUGAAAAUAAUAUUUUUCAUUACAGGUAUCUCUUGUGAAUGAUUGAAAAUAUUUAUACGUUCUUUUACAUUGUAUAUGGACAGCACACAUUGGCAAAUUGUGUAGGUGUAACAUGAAAUAGGUAAUGAUGUGUUUAGAAUUUGCUUACUAAUCCAACACCUCGUUCCCAGGAUUCUCUCCUAACCGCUCCGUAUAGGUUGACUAAUGCAUUGUAUCUGAGUCUUCUUUCUUCCACUGAACCUAACUCCCCACCCACCCUACCUAAGAAAUAUGUCAGUAUUAACUUGUCUAUGUUGCAAGCUUCUGAUUGCUAGUAAAUUCCCUAUAUAUAAUAUUGUCUCUUUUGUUAUAGUUUGGAUUUUCCAUAACUGACCGGAUUGCAGGAAAAAAAGCUUACAAUAUAGGACCACAUGGACAAAACUUGCAAAUCCCUCCCCUUCUACUCCCCUAGCCGUUUUCAUAUAAAAUGAAAUGAUGUUUGUGACAGUCACUGGCCCUUUGGAAGUGUAAAUAGGUUCUCACCUCUUUUUAUCAACUUUUGGGGCACUAGAUGCCUCGCCAACUGUUUCAGCAUUAACGGCUUCUUGUACAGGUCGUGCUUCGGUAGACACUUCGUGAACUAUCCGAACUUCAGUGCUUUUAUCAAGUCAAGUUUUCGUACCUUGUGAAGAAGAUUAGCGAGAACGCCAGCAGGGGGCACGAGGGUCUUCAGGGUCUCCUCAUUCAUGCACAACCGAACCUGUUCAGCUUUGGAAGUUAAAAAGUAAAAAGUUAAGAAAGGAAAAUUAAAGUUUUUAAAGCUAAACUUUCAGGCCUUAAUUAAUAUAAUGCGAAGUAAAAACGUCAACGUCUUCCGUUAUUUCGCGCCAAAAGUGCAGUUUCAGUUGGGAACUUUUGUUAGAUGGGGAAUCAAAAGAAAGAUGUAUCAGAACACCGUUUUACGAAUUGUAGGUUCGUGUCACAGUAUAUGAGGGUUUUUUUCCUUUAAAAGCAGAACCAUGAGCCCAUUUGAUGGGCUCCUGGCAGAACAUAUUAUUUAGUUAGGACAGGCUAUUACCUUACCAUAAAAAUGAUCGGCAAAUGCCUGAAUAUCCCUCCUUCUUCAUCCACUCUUGAACAUCUUCGCAAGGAAAAAUAAGUGAAGCAAGCAAGGUUUUACCCUUAAAACAGACAGACCAAAUAAUUUAACUCUUCCGUGCAGAGUCUACAGACGGUGAAAUGGACGGCUACUGCUUCGCUGUGCGUGAAUAUAUGAACAGCACGCAACGUUGAACAAGACACGAAACCUUUCCGCUUUUCUCUGAUUGGACAAAACAUUACUUGAUAAGUACCGUCUUGAAAGGAAUGUUCACAAUGCAAUCAAAGGGAUUAAUGAAACCGUGAGAACAUUUUAGGACUGAGUUGUGAUUGGCCGUAUCCGCACACAAAACAUUCCGAUGUUGUUUCGCUUGCCGACGUUGAUAGACGCGUUGCAAUAAAACUUACAAUAUCACUUUCGUGAGCCUUACGCAGCAUACAAAUAUAAUAAUGACUGUUGUAAAGCAAAUGCGAUGUUUUCGUGAUAUUUCGAAGGUUAACUCGCUCAUAAGACAAAUGCCGUCUUUUUAGAAUAUUUUAAUUUUGCACAAUUAUCUUUGUUUUCACCUUUCCGGCGUAUAAACACUGAAAGCACGUGCUUUCAAUUAGUCACGGAAAGCACGUGGGGCCCUGGUAGUAGACGCUCCUGUCACGGUGUGUGUGUGUGUGUGUGUUUUUUUUUUUUUGUUUUGUUUUUAAAGGUUCUCUGCCCGUAAUAAAGUACGUGAGGAUAAUUGUCAUUAUUAGAUCAGUCAAUUUUUGAAGAAGAGGAAAUUACAUCAUCCUUAAUAAAGGAUUCACAUAACUUUUAGCAACAAGAAGUAUAACUGCUUUCAUUGCUGGAGCACUGCCACACAUCUCAUAUUUUUUGAAAAGCAAUAGACCUAUUCGGUCUAUUCACGUGAGCAGGGUGGUUAGUUUAAACAUUUCUGACCUGGGAUAUGCAAUUGAUCAUUUCAGAUUAAACUCCGUGUUAGUGUUUUGAUACACGAUUUGGUGUAAAAUAACACUCCAGUUGUGUUAAGUUCUUGCAAGAUUUCUGAAACACAGAUGUAGUGUAACUUUCGUAGUUACUAAAACAUGGAACGACCUAAAACCACCUAAAACCAUCUAAAACCACCUAAAACCAUCUACAACCAUCUACAACCACCUCAAAAAAUUCAACAACCACCUACAACCAUCUACAACCACCUCAAAAACAUCUACAACCACUCGCAAACAAUCUAAAACCAUCUAAAACAUUGCCUGCGUCCAGACGUCUCCUAUUUCCUUUGUUGCACCACAGGGGACCCACACAAUCUGUUUGUGUAGCCGAUUGUUAUUUUAUAGUAAAUGUACUGGAUUUACCGUUUGCUUCACCUAUAGCGAUAUAUCGCUAACAAUGUAUAUAAAUCAAUGAUAAAUAAACGUUGAAUUACCUUGCCUGUGGUGUAUAGUCGUCCUUUUGCCUCAAAAGCGGUUUUUUGAGCGAUUUUGAAUAAAUUUGAGUUCGCCGUUGACUGUUCCAUAUAAUAGAAGGACAAGGGAGGAAUCCUUGUUUUGAAAGGGUUCCAGCGCCGGAGCGAUUUUUCCCCCCAAAAUCGCAUCGCUACGCUUUCAAACUUCGCAGCAUAAAGGUCAAAAGAUUCACGAUUCUUGUCGUACCUUCCAAUCGAAAAUCCAUCCAAACGGCCCGGAGCUAGCCCUCGAAGAAAAUCAAAAUCCCACAGUAUUCGAGCGACUGGAAUGCGUAGGAAGAUCCAUACGUGCCAGCCAGAAACCGUCCCGCUGAUUGCCUUUUUUUUUUUAUUGGAUGUCGUUAAACAAAUGGUUAAAUAAUAACUGAUGAAGAAGACUUGGUAAGCGUUUGUUGUUUAACGACAUCCAAUCAAAAAGAGGCACUCAGCGGGACGGUUUCUGGCUGGCACGUAUGGAUCUUGCUUCGCAUUCCAGUCGCUCGAAUACUGUGGGAUUUUGAUUUUCUUCGAGGGCUAGCUCCGGGCCGUUUGGAUGGAUUUUCGAUUGGAAGGUACGACAAGAAUCGUGAAUCUUUUGACCUUUAUGCUGCGAAGUUUGAAAGCGUAGCGAUGCGAUUUUGGGGGGAAAAAUCGCUCCGGCGCUGGAACCCUUUCAAAACAAGGAUUCCUCCCUUGUCCUUCUAUUAUAUGGAACUGUCAACGGCGAACUCAAAUUCAUUCAAAAUCGCUCAAAAAACCGCUUUUGAGGCAAAAGGACGACUAUACACCACAGGCAAGGUAAUUCAACAUUUAUUUAUCAUUGAUUUAUAUACAUAGUUAGCGAUAUAUCGCUAUAGGUGAAGCAAACGGUAAAUCCAGUACAUUUACGAUAAAAUAACAAUCGGCUACACAAACAGAUUGUGUGGGCUCCCUGUGGUUGCACGCGGAAAAGGAAAUAGGAGACGUCUGCACGCAGGCAAUCUAAAACAAGGUAUAAAUGUCUGAAACAAGGCGAGACGACAACAUGUCACGUACAUGAAAUACGAGAAUGGAACAAAACAUCCACUUCCCCCCAAAAUCUUACUCUCCCUGGUCCCUUGUAUCAUCAACCAUUGUUCUUAAGUCACGAAAUGAAAUGCGAGAUCAUGCUAAGUAUAUUAAAAGACUUAAAGAACUUUACAAAACGAACUAUCAAGUCACAAAAAAUAAUAAGAUAAAAUAACAAACUCGUAGUCGAAAGACUGACUUGAUUUGGCUUUUUCUACCCUGGGUACCAGUGAGACGUUUUGGUUCACGUUUCAUUUGUUUACGUAAUGGCACAAGGUAGGGUUUCUCUCUCUCUCGGAGUCUGCUUCACUGCUGUUUUGUUCUGAGGUGGCGGAUUACAUUCCUAAGAGCGAGUUAAUUUUUUUAGCAUCUGUUUAUCAUCCGCCAAACAUGUUUGUACAUUCCAGGUGACUCCUUUAGAUGAACCCUAGUGUCUUUCACACCCGUUUCCUGUGUCAUCUGAUCACGCAAGGCUAAACUCCCUUGCGUCACGACACAGGAAACGGAGACUAGUAGGUGUAAUCAUUGUUAAAAAUGUUAUUUUAAAAAAAUCUAUAAUGCAAUGGAUUCAGAAGAAAACAAGUUAAGACGAGCCGAAAUUAAUAAAAAUGGUUUGAAAAAUUUUAAUAGUGAAUGAUUGUAUUUAAAGUAAUUUACCUAAAUUUUUAUAUACCUUUAUUAUGUUUUGGAACCCAACUCUUCUUAGGAGUGAUGGGAUAUGCGUGCUUCUUAUUUUCGCUUUGCUCGUUGUAAAUACGUCCCCACUAUACUAUCGGAGAGCCUGGCACAGGCUAGAGUAGCUGGAACUUUACGAGCUAAAACGGAACAAAAAAUUUGGAUCACAUAUUCGGGUGUUCCCUCCCCGCCAAGAGCCGUUACUGGAAAGAACGUUCUGAUUCAUUUUGCUGAAAAGAAUAAUCAAAUAUCAUUAUAUAAUGUUUUCUAAUUCUUGCAACUGUAAACGGGUUAAUAGCUGUAUAAAAUCAGGCUCUACAAGUGAGACACGUUCACACUAGACUAAAGGAUGCUGCGGGACUACAUUUUAGUUCACCCUAAAAAAUGGGGGGCAGGACUAAAAAAAGAGGCUAGUAGAGAAAAGUGUGGGCCGGGCUCGGAGGCUAAGAUUGGAAAGUAAAAGAGACUGGUGAAAAUGAUAUAUCAUGGGGGAAGUGGUUGUUUUGUUCGAUUCUCGUAUUUCAUGUACGUGACAUGUUGUCGUCUCGCCUUAUUUCAGACAUUUAUACCUUGUUUUAGAUGGUUUUAGAUUAUUUGCGAGUGGUUGUAGAUGUUUUUGAGGUGGUUGUAGAUGGUUGUAGGUGGUUGUUGAAUUUUUUGAGGUGGUUGUAGGUGGUUGUAGAUGGUUGUAGAUGGUUGUAGAUGGUUUUAGGUCGUUCCAUGUUUUAGUAACUACGGUGUAAGUUUACACCGCCAAAGUGUGCCACAUUUCUUGAUUACACCAUUUUAGUGUUUUCAUACACUGAAUUGGUGCAUCUUUUAAGAAACACUCGGCAAGUGUUAUGAUAACACUAAUUCAGUGUUAAUGUAUAUCUCCCUUGGUGUUAAUUUACAACCUCGAAUUUGCUGUGAGAUGUUAAUCAGAUUCCUAGUACCUCAUCGUGUAGCGAGCGAGUUGAUUGAAUGAAUGUUGUGUCGGUUAAUUGCACGGGGCUUAAGUGCUAGGCAGUACUGUAGUUAAUACGGUAUUGAAGGUGGUCACUUGCAAAGUACACUAUAUUGUCGAGACUAAGACGAAAUAAUUAAGGAAUUGUGCAUUAUCAAAUGCACUCUCAUCGUCACAUAUCUCAUUCUCAGUAUGUCAACACAACUGGAGCUCGAGUGUGUUUAAAGGAGUUGUACAAGUCAAAGUACGACCCUCUCUCUGUGUCAUAUACUGUCUUGUCAGGUAAGAACGGUUUAAUGGCAUUCUUUUUCUUAGCAACACAUAAGUUUUACUGAUUACUCACAACUAAUUCAUUAUGAAUGCAUACAGAGAUAACUUAUAUGCGAGGGUCAUUUCAUUAAUAGAGAAAGGCGAUCAUUUUAAAUAUUAGCUCCCUGGAAGUCGUUCAAUGUUUCUGCUACUGAUUAUUCCAUUUAAUCAGUAGAUACUGCUCUCAAUUUGGCGUCGUCAGUUUUAUUUUCCUCUUUUCCUCCUGCUAAGCGUAUCGGCCGCACAAGCAGUUGGAAUGAUGUUUGUGAAGCUGCCUCGUCCCCAGUCGCUCCCGUUGCUUGCCUUCAUUUCUCGCGCUUCUCAAUUGUUCUGUUCUCCCUACUAAGCCUUGGGAAAGCCUGUGGAGAAGGCACUCUUUAAGGAACCAAAUGUGUGGAGAUUUCUAAAGUGCACAGUCGUUUUAUAUCUUUGUCACAGAUAUUUGCCAACCAAGAUGGAGUUUUUUCGGUGGCUACUGUUACUUCACAAGUCGUGCAUGCGCCUCGUGGCUGACCGCUGAGUCAAACUGUUCUACGAUGAGUUCCAAUUUGGUAACGGUUCACAAUCAAGAAGAAAAUGUCUACAUUCAACACCGUCACAACGGAGAGAGAUCUUGGAUUGGACUCAAUGACCGAAGUGUGGAGGGCUCCUUUGUGUGGACAAACAAAGAAAUAAGCAAAUUUAGGUUCUGGGCCCCACAGCAACCGAAUGACUCGAAAAACGAAGACUGUGUUCACACUCUCGGCGCCAGGCAUGGUUACACUUGGAAUGAUGUGCCAUGUACUAACUGUUACAACUACACUUGUUUUAAAGGUAAUAAGCGUAGCACUAUA